GCCCAAUCAAGUGUGUUAAUUCGCAGGUGUCUGUUGGCUGCUACCUCGGCGCGGUGGAGUUCAGCCCUCACCGAUUUGGUUCACACAUAACUUGGCCUAGUGGAUAAUACAAUACUUAAGUGGACUGUCGACAUUUGGAAAGGUCAAAGGUGGCUGUGAAAAGAGGAGAGGUGUUCGAAACAACCGCAGACAAGCUUCAUUCUUUCCAAAUUGAAAAGCAUAGGUAGGUGUGCAGUGAGCGACAGCUAGGAUAGCAGUUCAGGGCACGAGCCAAAGGCGCACACACCCACCAGCAGAGAGCAAGACUGCAUUAUUCAUCGGAUCCUCUUCUCUACACCCCUUAGGCCAGUGACUCACCCCCCGUGCACCUUGUGCUGAGCCAUUAUUGUCAUGGAAACCCCAAGCCAGAAACGCACCAGCCGUGGUCCCACUGCCUCCCCGACCCGCAUCACCAGGCUGCAGGAGAAGGAGGAACUGUGCAACCUCAAUGACCGGCUGGCUGUCUACAUAGACAAGGUGCGUUCGCUGGAGGUGGAGAACGCCGGGCUGCGGCUACGCAUCUCUGAAUCGGAGUCUUUGAUCACCCGUGAUCUGUCAGGCAUAAAGGCAGCUUAUGAGUCAGAGCUGGCCGAUGCCCGCAAGACCCUGGACCAGGUGGCCAAGGAGCGAGCACGUCUGCAGAUUGAGCUGAGCAAGAUCAAGGAGGAGCACAAGGACCUUAAGGCCAGGAACAGUAAAAAGGAGGCUGACCUGGAGGCAGCUCUGGCCAGACUGAGGGACCUGGAGGCGCUGCUCAACUCUAAAGAUGCUGCUCUCACCACUGCCCUGGGGGAGAAGCGAGCCCUGGAGGCUGAGGUGAAGGAGCUUAAGGCCCAGCUGGCCAAGCUGGAUGGAAACUUUGCUGAUGCCAAGAGGCAGCUGCAGGAUGAGAUGCUGAGGAGAGUGGAUGCCGAUAACCGACUGCAGACCCUGAAGGAGGAGCUGGAAUUCCAGAAGAACAUCUCCAACGAGGAGUUGCGCGAGUCCAAGCGUAGGCAGGAGUCUCGCAUGGUGGAGUUUGACGGCGGGCGGCAGCAGGAUUUUGAGAGCAAGCUGUCCGAGGCCCUGAGUGAGCUGAGAGCCCAGCACGAGGAUCAGGUCCGCCAGUACAAGGAGGAGCUCGAGAAGACCUACAACUCCAAGCUGGAGAACGCCCGUCAAGCAGCCGACAGGAACAGCCACUUGGUGGGAGCUGCUCAUGAGGAGCUCCAGCAGACUCGUAUUCGAUUGGAGGGCAUGUCAGGCCAGCUCAGCCACCUGCAGAAACAGCUGUCAGCAAGCGAGGCCAAGGUGCGGGAGCUGGAGGAGGCUAUGUCGAGGGAGCGCGACGUAAUGAGGCGGCGGCUAGAGGAUAAAGAGCGGGAGAUGGCCAGCAUCCGAGCCCGGAUGCAGCAGCAGCUGGAUGAGUACCAGGAGCUGCUGGACAUCAAACUGGCCCUAGACAUGGAGAUUAAUGCCUAUAGGAAGCUGCUGGAGGGAGAGGAGGAGAGGCUGCGUCUGUCACCUAGCCCUCCACCCACCAAGGUCACAGUGACCCGGACCUCUGGCUCUGGCCACACCCACACUAGCCGCCUGAUCCACUCCUCCGCUAUUGCCUCUAGCAGCCGCAACUCCUCUGGCACGGCCAGCACCAAGAAGCGUCGCCUCAAUGACAACGAUAGCGAGACCUCCAGCCUGGUGGGAGGCACUGUGACCAAGACUCGCAUCAGUCAGCAGGCCUCAGCCAGCGGUCGCGUCACAGUGGACGAGAUUGACCUGGAGGGCAAGUACAUCCGUCUCAGCAACAAGGCUGAUGAGGAUCAACUACUGGGCAACUGGCAGGUGAAGAGACAAAUUGGGAAUGGCACCCCCAUCGUCUACAAGUUUCCCCCGAAGUUCACCCUGAAGGCUGGAGCAACUGUGACUAUCUGGGCUGCAUCUGGUGGUGGCACCCACAGCCCUCCCACUGACCUGGUGUGGAAGACCCAGAACUCCUGGGGCACUGGCGACCUCCUACAGACCAUCCUCAUCAGUGCCAGCGGAGAGGAAAUGGCCAUGAGGAAAGUGUCACGCACCCUGUUCCAUGAUGAUGAAGAUGAUGACAUGGGAGCUCACAGCACGAGCGGUGCAGACAAUGAAUACAACCUGCGGAGCCGCAAAGUGAUCUGCGAUUCCUGCGGACAGCCAGCAGAGCGCAGCGCAGCUGUUGGCAGCAGUGGGGGUCUACAUGAAGGCCUCGUAGGACAUCGUUCCUAUUUCAUGGGUACCAACGAGCCCAGACAGGGUCGCACCAAGCCAUCGGAGAACUGCUCCAUCAUGUAACAACCAAACAGCACCUCACCUGAACCCUCCACCUCCUGUAGCCCACAUAGAAUAGUUUUCUACUAUUGGGAUGUUUGUCUUUAUUUUUUUUAUAUGAACUUGUCAUAUUUUGUAUUCAAAUUAAUCUACAGGUUAGAUUUGCUUGGAGGUUUUGGCAAAGGGCACAGGAUUAUCAUAUUCAGCUUUUGAGUUUAUUGAAGUUAUGUAACUGCAUGUGUGCUGUGCUGAUGCUUGUAUUGUAUUCUUGUCUCUUGCACAUUCUGUCUCUCUCUGUCUCUCUCACACACAUACACACACACACACACUCAGAGCUCUAUUGACCAGUGCUUGUGCUUCAGUCUGAGCCGGGGUUUCACAUUUAAUGGCCAGGCUGUCAACACUCAACACGCACAGCUAGUGAACCCUGUCCGGAGUACGUCUGUAGCCAUACACACAACAGGAAAAUGAGUCCUGCAGGGUUUGUUAAUCAUGUUUGUCUCCCUUCAAAGAGAUCAAAUCUUUAUUUAAAAUGUUACUUAUGUUUACAAUAGAAAUAGGUUUUUUUUGGGGGGGAGUGACAGUGUUGUGCUGUCUUUAUAUGCAAUGGAGAAAAUCAUGUAGUUUUAUAGAAGUUUUCUUGAAAAUUCUCCAAACAAAACCAAAACACUGUAAGCUCAGGGUAUUCAGCAGGUUUUUCUCAUGUUAGCCUUGAACAUGUUGUAGACAUACUUUACUGUUGGGCAGCUGUGAUGCACAGAGAAAUUUGUUGUUUGAGAUGCAUGCAAUUUUGUUUUUCUUCAGUUCCCAGCUUGACCUCAGAGAAAUUUAUUGGGUCAUGUUUUUGAAAUUCUUAUCGUUUGCCAGACAAGUUGAAUGUUCCCAGUUAAAUGAGUCAGUUGUGCUGUUGCCUUAAUAUUAAUUCCAAAGAUGUUUUGUCAUGAUGAUAGAACACUGAAUAAUUUGUUUUCCACUUGAGGAAAUAUCAAGAACAGGACACUACAUUUUGAGUUGUACUUACACAUUUGGUGCCAUAUAUGCAAUAUAUAUUUUAGGAUGCCUUCAAAAUCAACAAAAUCAACACAGUUUUACUAGUGAAGUGUUGCUCCUCUUUAGAGAGUGCAACCAUAGUUUUUGGAAGCAUUUUAACAAGCGUUACAGAUACCAAAUAGUAAUGUGCCUUGAGAAGACAGAGAGGAGCUUUAACAGUCACUGUUCUGUGCUCACAGGCCUCGUGUCUGUCUUGCAACUGUCUGCAGUCCUGUGGGUUGCAUUGCUUCUAAAAACUGGUCAUUAGGGCUUUAUUCUUUUUUUCCUCUAGGUUUACUGGCUUUGCAAAUCCCCAGGCAUGAUUUUGGGCUCAGAGUAGGAUUGUGGGUAUUCUAUACUUUGUGACUUUGGUUUAAUGCACUGCUUUUAUUGAGGACCUCGCCAAUUAUGCACAGCAGGUAGAUUUGUAGUGUAGUCUAACAGCUAAAGUCAUACUCUAGAGAAAAGUAUAUCAAAGCAUUUACUGAAAAUAUUUGAUAGCUGAUUUUGUUUCUACUGUACUUAAUAAAUAGUAUCCUGCCUUUUUGCCUUAAGUCAAUAUCUGAUUUUGACACUGAUCCCCAAAGUGCCUUAAAAAGUCCUUGACAUUAGUGAAGGUGUUUAGUAUUUGGUCUCUCUGUCAUAGAUUUACAAACAGCAGAGGCAUGGCAUUUUUCUCAUGCACAUGUAAAUUUAUGAGGCAUGAUUACUGUAUGUAAUUGUGUACUAUAUGCUAUUGAUGGAGUCAUCCCUUUCUGAAUUUCAGGGUUUUUUGUAGGACUUUCUCACCGAUUAUAAGCCAUUAAGAAACUUCUUCCUGUACAAUGCCUUUUCUUGUUUGAGUGUUUUAAGAAACAGCUGCUCUUUAAUAUUUGAACGCUAGAAGCAAGACACUUAAACCAGAGAUGUGCUCUACAUGACAAAAACACUUGAAAGGCCUUUGUAAAAUCCUGAGCCCUCCUUGUUAAAGUCUUAAUGGAAGCCUCACAAGUAAUUUGAAGGACUUUACGAUUUAAUGUAAUUGAAAAAGGAUUUUAUAUUGUGAGCCUUUAUUGACAAAAUUAUAAUUAGACUGGAGUGGGAUUUGUGUCAAAUCUAUCAUAACAAUGCUAUUGACAUUAUGG